GGCUGGGAAACGCCAGCCUGUGUCGGGAAGGGCCGGGGGAAUGUGCGUUUUGGGAGCAGGAGGAUCGUCUGCCUUAGUGGACGGGUCACGUAGGUCCAGAAAAUCCCAAACCUGUGUCUGCAGCAACAGUCUUACAAGGAAAGCUUACUUCACAGCUCACCACGGACCUCUAGGUUGCCAAAUGGAUGCCAGAGACAAGCAGCUUUUGCGCUCCCUGCGCCUGGAGCUCUGCACGGAGGUGCUGGUGGAUGGACUGGUUAUUCAGUAUCUCUAUCAAGAAGGCAUUCUCACUGACAGUCAUGUUCAAGAAAUAAAAUCCCAAACCACCAGCCAAAGGAAAACCAUGAUGCUCCUUGAUAUUCUUCCUACUAGAGGACCCAAGGCUUUUGAUGCAUUCCUGGAUUCCUUACAGGAGUUCCCAUGGGUUAAGGACAAGUUGAAGGUGAAGCGUAAGGAAAUGACAGUACAAGAUCCUGCAGGUUGGGGCAUGCUGGACUCUGGAAACUGUGCUGCUUCUGAGCACCUUGUACUGGGCUUCGUGCUGGCUGCCAUCACCCUGCUGGGCUCACACACCGACCAGGAAGAGGCAGCAGAUCGCCACCCUAUGCAUGCAGUACCUACGUUGGCACCCGCAGCACGUCUGGCAUUGAAGAGUGUUGAGUCAUUACCUGGUUGGUCCCUUAUACUGUGAUGCAUGGAAACUUUCCAUAGUGACACUGCCUUCAAUCACACCUCAAGAUGUAUGAGCUCAUUCUUUUGCAGCAUGCUCACGUGUAGCGUCUUCCUGAGGCCGUGUAGGCCAUGCAGAUGCAAUGCAGGCAAGCUCUGGGAACGUUUUGCAGAGGGAUCUUCCUUUUUUACAAAGAAUGUGGCAGAAGCAUAAUGAAAUAUUCACAGCUCACUCUUAAGAAUUUAAUAAAUGGCUCCCCCUUGGCUGAUUCUCCAGUAGGUGUGACACAGCAAAGAAAGAAACGAAGGUCAGAAACGGAGAACAGCAGACCAAGCGAUCAGGAUAGAAUUGUUGGAAGGUUUGCUAUGGUUGUGUUCUGCCUGAACCUUCUCCGAAACCAGGCUUCCUGAGAAGUGGCAGUAUUUGUCUGUCUUGCUUCAUCCGUGCUUUAUUAUUUCAUAUCAAGUCUCGUAAAAUCAGCAACUUGAAAUGCAAUAAAAUCUGCAUGCUUUGUUUAUGUCCAACACAACUAUAUAUCUUCCUCCUUACGCCCUGCACCUGGGAUAACACGAGAAAGGGUCUCUUUCUCAUGUCUUCACAGAGUGCCUUUGUUCCGGAAUUUUUAAAUCUAAUAAUUUACUUUGUAUCCUGUUGUUGGGUAAAAUAUGUAUUUCAUAUGCAGCUUUGGUAACUCAAGUAUCUUAUGAGACUUACAUUCUUCCUACUGCUGUAGUGUAUUUUUUCAAAUGUAUCUGGUUUGAGUUGAUGAAUCUGAGAACCAUAAUCUGUAUUUUUAUUAUGAGCUUCUUGGCACUGAUGUGUAAUAAAUUCGCUUCAUUACCCCAUCCAGAAGAAAUACUGCUAAGUUGAGGGCCAUGAAUGUUUCAUAUCAAUAUCCUGUCUUUAAUAAAGCCUGGUCACUG